AUGCUAUUAUUAUCUAAUAAUUUUAUUUUAUCCGUGCGGAUAGGCGUCAGACAUUUUGAAACUCGGAAAAAAAUUUCAAACUACUACUACUCGGGCUCCAUUAAACUCCAAAAAAAGUCAAUUUACUCGCGACCAACACCAGCUGUGAAAAAUUCCCGAAACUUUGUAGUUAACAGAAAAGCAUUAUCGCUUUUAACUUCACUGGCACGAGGAGACCAUGAGCGUGCUUGGGAAGAAUACAACAGUUUAUCAAAGAAAAUGCAGUUAUACAUUUUAUUUCCCGAGCAUCAUUCACUUGUAUUGAAAAGCAUUGAAGCACCGCUCGAAAGAACUCCCCAGCUAGGGCAGCAAAAAGAUUAUUGUCGAGAAAAACUGUUUAUUGUUUAUCGGAGAAUGUUGAAUUGCAAAAUUACACCAAACAGUUUGGACGUGACGCACAUGUUAAAAGUGUUGAGCGCAAUGGGAGACUAUCGACUUUGCGAUCGUGUUUGGGAGCAUAUUGUCCAGUACAGAAUAAAACCGACUACGUUUGCGUAUAACUGCUAUAUGAAAAGUCAUGUUACGCGAUUCUACAAACGACUAUUUGAUGAAGAAAAUCCGAAUUCAUUUAAACCAUUUUAUCCGAAUUAUCAUCCAUCGCGUGUAACCCCUGAAGAGAUCAAGCAGCAUGUGCUCAAAAGUUUUAGACAUCUGCUCGAUUCCGGUAUACACCCAAACAGAGUCACCUAUUCGAUCUUGAUGAAAAUGUUCGCGGUUACAGGGGACGUUGAAAACGUGAGAUAUAUUUUCGACAAAGCGUUUACUGAGCAAUUACCAAUUGAUAAUAUCGACCAGGAUGACGAAGAAUUAAAAAACAUUGAUGCAAAAGAAUAUAAUAUUCUUCCGAGGGAUGAGACAUACAAGCAACUCAUAAAAUGGGCAUAUGAAUGGAACGACUUAGAUGCCGCGUAUAAAUAUUAUCAAAUGCUGAAAAAAGAAAAGCAAGUCGAAUUCAUACCACAUCGAGAUAUCAUGAAAUCGCUUAUAAACCAUGUAUUCGAAAAAGGAAAUGAGACGGACGCACUGAGCAUCUUCAAAGAUUGCCCCGCACGCGAAACACUAAACUCUUUGAUUAAAGGCUACGCAAAACUCAGCAACCUGAAACGAUUGAACGAAUGUCUAUACGAGCUAAUGCCUCAGAAUAAAAUCUUCCCAUCGGUGGAGACAUUCAAUAUGCUGAUUUACGGGUACGGUAAACUAGGCCAUCUGGUGCGGAUGCACGAAAUAUUUGACAAGUAUAUGCCGCAGUAUAGUGCUAAACCGAGUUUGGAUACUUUUCAUUUACUAAUAACUAGUUCGCAAUUAUGGGGCGAUGUGAAGAACUUGAGAAGAUAUUAUGAUAUUGUCAAUGAUACAGGGUACCAGUAUAUACCGAAUACUACAAUCAUUCAGUCUUUAAUAGACUAUGAAUGUGCAGAGCAUUCUCCGGAAGCGGCUGUAAAAUUGCUAAAAGAUAUGCGGGAUAGGCAUACAAUAGGUCCAAUUGGUGCAUUUUUGUCACAAAUAUAUUUAAAGUUGACGCAAAAUAAAUAUUCGAGGGAUACUGAUAAGUUUAUUCGAGAGUUUGGCGAAUACUUUAAUACGACGAAAGUUUGA